UUGCUGAACGAUUGCAACAAUGUUCUGUUAGCUCUACCUGGUCGCUUGUCUAGCCAGUCUGCUUAUAGGUUGCGCGUGGGAAAUACGAAAAACGCGCUGCUGAGACUAGCUUUCAAAACGACGAUAUUUACGCACUCGCUGCUGAUAAAUGUUGAUCGUUCUGUUUGUAUAGUAAGACAGGAGCCGUCUUUGUUACCAAAUUGUCUGCUUUCGAAAUUCAGUAGCGUGUCGGUGUGUGUGGCAUUCGUGUGCUUAGCAGUGGGCUAAACUGUAUGAGAGUACGGCAGUAGUUUGGCGUACUCAGAUCCGACUUGUGGUUAAAUGUUGGAUAAUAGCGGUUCACCAAUAAGAACUCGGUUAGCGUAAGCGGCUUGUGUGUGGGUGAACGCAAAACAGAACAAGACGCCAGUGUAGGUCUUGUAACUCUGACAGAAUUUUCAGGCAAACAAAGUAUUAUUAGGUGAAUAGGGUACUUCUUUGUGAGUCUAGUGGACCAAGCUGCUCAUCAUUGGACAUAGUUGCAAUUCGGCCAGUUCGGCUGUCCGAGAAGGGACAGCCAGCGAACAAUUGCCGAAGUGGCAGGAAUCGGCGAGACGAUCAGGGAGAAUGCGGGGGCCUUGUUGGGCGCCUUGCAGAGGGACCCACUGACUACUCUUGUCGGCCAAAAGAUCGAACAAGCUACAGAUGGAUCGUUAGCGUCUGAAAAUUGGGCCCUCAACAUGGAAAUUUGCGAUAUCAUUGCAGACACCGAUGAGGGCCCGAAGGAUGCGGUGAAAGCUAUUCGAAAGCGAUUGAUGACUAAUGCAGGCAAAAAUUACACAGUCGUCAUGUACACACUUACGGUGUUGGAAACGUGCGUUAAAAACUGCGGCCGACGCUUUCACUUAGUGGUGAGUCAAAAAGACUUCGUUCAAGACCUGUUUAAACUGAUAGGACCUAAAAAUGAUCCGCCUACAGCGGUUCAAGAGAAGGUUCUAUCACUCAUCCAGAACUGGGCGGCGGCAUUCCGUAGUAAUCCAGAAAUGCAAGGCGUCGUUCAGGUGUAUAACGACUUAAAGGCCAAGGGUGUUGAGUUUCCCGCCGCAGAUCUUGAGACGAUGGUGCCUAUUCACACCCCGCAGAGAAGUGUACUACCGCAGACCGACUCCCGAGUAUCAUCCGUUUCAUCAGUACGAAUGACGGGUUCGGCAAUGCACGGCGAACUUUUACCGUCGACCCCAAUACCUCUAAAUCGCGAGCAGACAACUAAACUCCUUCAGGAGUUUGUGGCCGUUCGGCGAAAUAUGCAGGUGUUCAGCGAGAUGCUCAGUGAUUUGGAGCCUGGUCGAGAACAUCCUCGCGACUGGGAGUUUUUACAAGAACUUCAAAAAACUUGCCACGCUAUGCAAACGAGACUCGUUGAUCUCGUUGACAAAGUUGCCAACGAGGAAAUCACCAGCGAACUUCUUCGGUUAAAUGAUGGAAUGAAUAGCCUUUUUGCUCGCUACGAGCGAUUCGAGAAAAGACGCACGGCCGUCGUCACUGGUGCUAGUGGGCAACAUUUGAAUUCAGCACGUAGCAAAGACACGCCAUCUUCACCAACAGCAGGGGCCGUUCGGGGGGGGGAUGCACAGGCAUCGCUAAUUGACUUUGGCGGCGAAGAUGUUGCUGGCGCGACGGGCGGCUUGCACAGUCUUAGUCUAGUUGAAGCUGGCGCAACAGACGGCUCUACAAAACCGAAGAAUUGUGCUGGAGCGACGGCAACGACUUCCGCAGGCCCAGUUGGAGCAGCUGGGGAUGCCGACGAAUUUGAGGCUUUUGCUCAGUCACGGACCUUCUCAGCUAAGUUCGCUACACCGGAAGCUAUGAAAACCCUCCUUCCUGAUAACGCCACGGAUUUUGAGGAGAUGGAACGGUGGCUGGAAGCUCAGGACUCUGAAGGACCUAAGACAGCAGUAGGGGAUGGUGCUGGCGCCGCAAGCGGUUCAAUAUCGACGACUGCCCGUAGUGGAGCAGCGGCAGUGUCUUCGCCAGAGUUCGAUCGUUUCCUCCAGGAGCGAGCGACUGUAGCUGAACGACUACCAACAAUCCAAGCUCAGGCAGGUGCCAAGGAAAAGACGCCUAAAGACGACCCCAACCUACUUGCCCAAUAGACAGGUGCCGUGCACAGAAGUACUACUUAAAACCACACUACACUGAAAAGAAUGAGCCAGACAAGGUGAAAAGGGAAAGGCCAUGCAGAGCAGGCUGACCCUGGGGAUGCAAUAGAGAGAAACAUAAACAGUAGAUGAGCACAUAAAUAAGAGCGCCUUGUGGUGUGGGGAAAUCACUUCUUUUUUAAAGCGGUCAACGAAUCUGGCUUACAGAACUGGUUUAUUGUGUUUGAAUUAGAUGUGUUUUACGCUCAUGAAAUAUCUUUAUCGAUCGAAGGUUUGUUUAUAAGUACACAUAGACUUGUCAGUAACGACGUACCAGUAACAGCAGCGCUCCAUAAUCUAGGGUUACCAGGUGGCACUACCCUAUGUGAAAAUCAAGCGCGCGCGUAACGUUGGUUCGAAGAUCGCGAAAAUGUCAAAUAUAAUAGUUAUAGAAUUUUUGCACGGGAUCGUUUUUUGUGCAACGUAUUCGCACUAAGACAAAUGCAGACAUUUUUUAUGAAUGGUGGCUUCAUCUAUAUAGUCUGUUGUAGCUUGCUUUCUAGUGGUUGCGUGUUAAUUUUUUCGCAGAAAAAAAACCUCAACUUGGCUAUUUACCACACCCGUUCAACAAAACAUCCUAAUUGUAAGACUGGCAGCUUUGCUCACUACACGAAAUCGGUAUGUAGUGAUUCCGUUAACUUCGCCUUCGAUACACUCGUGCCCGUGACACGGAUGGGAUAAGAGACCGAUUAGUUGGUAUCGAGCCGCCACAUGUUGUUAGAUCCGGCACCGGGCCGUAGGCACUGCUACUGAUGUUACAGGCUUUACACUCAAGUGGUGGCGGCGGCAAAAAAAAA